AUCCAUGACGUGUAUGGUUUUCACCACCACGGGGGCGAACGAAAACGCCACUCGUACCAGACUCCUGUGGAAAAUGGAUAUGGCUAUGCGACGUACCGUCGCGGUGGAACUACAACCUCUACAAGAACGAGAGAUGAGGAGGACGCUCCUGGUCCUGGUGGACCUGUUACACCACUUGCACUACGCGACGAGGAGCGCGAGGAAGAUGAUGGCAAUCCAGCAAUCUCAGCAUGGAUUUCAUGGAAACAGCUCUACGAUGAAAUCAUGACGGAAAUUGCAGGAACAUCAAUUUUUGGUUCAGCAGGACGAGAAGGAGGAGGAAUUAGAGAGGUCGACACAAGGCCAGGAGAGCGAGCAGCUGCAAUCGAAACUCGAGCUUCUUCUCCUUCAUCAAUAAUGCAAGGGAGCGCCAAAACUGUUAGCGGACGAGUACAAGAGAAAGAGGAACUUCUGGGAACCGAAACCACUAGUAGGAUGGCUGAUCUUGACGUCUCCUCCACAGUGCCGAGUGUGCGCGUCGCGUUCGAGAAAGCCGCUGCCUUUCAUAGGACGGACAGUAAAGAAGCGACCGCAAUCGCAGUAGAAUUGCAGAACUUGUUUCAGCAUGAUUGGCAUGGCUUUCAGUACCACCUAGACUCGUCAUACUUGGGAGGCGGAACAGGCACUUACCUGAACAAAUGUGACGCCAAAUAUCGGACACGAGAACUAGACUUGACCAUGUCCCGCGUGACCUCAGAAGGCUUGCUCUUU